AAAUGAUAACAGAAAACACAUUUUCCAAAUUACAUUAUCCAGACUACUGGAGAAACACAUUCGUUUUAUGGAGUGAUACAGAAUCUUGGGACUCCUUCUACUUUGAAAAAAAUCCGAAUGCAACCAAACGAUUGUCACGAGAUGCUUUGUCUGCAGAAUUGGAUGUAUUAAUUCGAGAUCUGGAACCAGGCACUAAAGAAAGAGAGAAAGCGUUAGCAAUUAAGAGUGAUCUGAAAAAACCUGCGAAAAGGAAAAACAAGCAAGAUGGAAAAGAAAAUCAAUUGCCAGCCAAAAAGCAUAAAUCUGUCAUUACACUUUAUUGUCUGCAAAAAGGCGACGAUCAACUGUCUGCGUUCCCAAUCGAAAUCAGAAGUAAGGCAACGAUAGGCGAUUUGAAGGAAGCCAUUAAAGAAAAAAUUAAAGUCCCUACCGCCAAAGACUUAAGCCUCUGGAAAGUUGAAAUUCCGGAUGAUGAUGAGGAUAAAUUAUCGAGUAUUGUGCUGAAUGACAAGGAAAGGCUUCUUGCGAAGAGAAAGGUAAAUAAAUAUUUCCCAGAUAUACCUGUUGAAGAACAUAUCCAUGUCAUUGUAUCUUCAGCAGGAAAAUCAAGCAGAGAUCAGGAACUUCAAUCUUCGAAUUGCAAAAGACGAUCUAUAAUGAUGUACAUG